CCCAUAACAUUUGCACCUUGGAAGCACAUUGGCUGGGAUUUAUAAUUGCUUUGUCAGUGUGGGCAGUAUUUUACCGUUUGUAGAUUUAUCAGGCUGCUUAAUAACAAUUUAAUUAAUGAUUUACUCUUGAAAUAAUAAGUGCAUAGUCAUGGUGGAUUACACUACAUCAUAGUAUACACAGAAAUAUAAACUAAUAAACCAAUCAAUAAAUAUCGUCAGGAUAUUCCAGCUACAAAGUUUUCUCAGUCAGACGUGUAUGUUUUGAAUUUGUACUUAUAAAAUCGAAUUACAACUCGUAAUUUAUACAUAAGUUAAAAUACGUACGUGGGUCAUCUCAAGCAAUUAAAGCCCUGAAUUCAAGGAUGGGGCUUUUACUAAAAUUAUUAGCAAUUAUUGUGCUUUCCAUUGCCGUCAUUUUCUUUGCCCCUGGGAUUCCACCUCAUAAUCUUCAGUUUGAAGCUUACACGUUAGAGUCACCUCUACCGCUGGAAGGAAAAUUGGCCAAUAACAAUAUUCUAGACAAAGCUGAAGAGAUAAAAGUGGAUCGUGAGUUCCAAGGUCCGGAAUCCAUUGCGUUUCGAGGCGAUGAAAUAUUCACGGGAUUGAUUGGUGGAGAACUGGUACGAAUCAAAAAUGGAAAGUCGACGACCAUCAUCGAGAAAACGAAGAAUAAUAAACCAUGCGAGGGUUCGUGGGAUGUCAAGAAUUGUGGUCGUAUUGCUGGUCUCCGAUUUGGUUUUGAUGGAAAGUUGUACGUGGCUGAUGCGGCAAAUGGAAUAUUUAAGGUGGAUGUUGACGCAGGAAGUGUCGAAACCCUUGCUUCGUGUGACGUGGAGAUUGAUGGAAAACGGCCUUUGUAUCCCGAUGAUCUCGACGUUGGAAAAGACGGGUCCGUUUACUGGUCGGAUGCGAGCACCGUUGCUGAUGUUCAAAAUACGCUUUUUGAGUUUCUUGGAUCUGGCACCGGGCGACUAAUUAAAUAUGAUCCAAAAACAAAAAAGAACACAGUUCUCAUUUCUAGCAUGCAUUUUUCUAAUGGGGUGCAGUUAUCGGAAAAUGAAGAUUUUGUACUGGUCACAGAAACAGCAAGGGCCAGAGUGUUGAGAUAUUAUUUGAAAGGAGAAACGAAAGGGAAAUCGGAUAUAUUCAUAGAUCGCCUCCCUGGCCUACCGGACAACGUUAGACCCAAUGGCAAAGGAGGGUUUUACAUUGUGCUGAUUUCACCAAGAGUGGCUUCUGAAGUUAGUCUGGUGGAUCUUAUUGGUCCGCUACCAUUGGUCCGAAGAUUUAUUUGUCGCAUUCUCCAUCUUGUUGUGGCAUCCCUUCAGUUUGUAGAUUCGUUCUUCCCAAGUACUGUUACCCGAGAGUGGAUUGCAUAUGUUCAACAUGUAGGCCCUCUUGGUGAUCUGGAGAAACUACCCUACAAGUCCAUAGUUGUUGAAACUGAUGGAACGGGCAAUAUCAUUGGGAGCUUGCAGAAUGAGAAAGGCCCCGUGACUGGUCUCAGUGAAAUACGCUUGGAUAAGGAGUAUGCAUACCUUGGCUCACCUGCACAAAGAAAAAUGUUUCGUAUUAAACGAGAAUUUUUAAAAUGAGAACAACUCUUGAGACUUACGUCAUUUUAAUCAGUUAAUUGAUCAAGCUGUAAUAAAGAUGAAACUUCAUGACAUAAAUAUCGA